AUGGCGGAUGGUGGGCUGCCCUUUGCAAGCCUCCCUGGUCUGGGAGACACGGAGCUCGAGGGCUUUCCAGCGGACAGAUGUCCGGAGCAGAUGCCGGACCUUUCGAGACACUUCAGCAUCACGGCCGAUGUUCUCAAAGAAGAGCCAGCCCUUUGUGACGCGAUGCGAUCUCGGCAGACGCCGAUGGGAGUGACUUUUGCCAAAUGCAUCAAGACCGGCAUGGACAACCGCGGUCACCCCAUGAUCAAGACUCUAGGAGCAGUGGCGGGUGACGCAGAUUGCUACGACACUUUCCAGCCGUUCUUUGACAAGCUCAUCGCUUCGUGCUUUGGGCAGGCCGCCCUCGAGCGACCGCACCUCGGAAGUCCAAAGCGCUUCGUCCCUGCCGUAGCUCUGGCCGACCCGAGCUACGUUGUCUCGAGCCACCUUCGUGUUUCCAGGAACGUCCAGGGACUACGCUUCGUGCCGUCCAUGCUCCGAUCGGAGCGAGCAGAGGUGGAGCGCAUGUUGGUGAAAGCACUGCUCGGCGGACGGCUCCAGGGAGACUACUUCCCUCUCGCGGGAUCCCAGACCUACGCUCCCAAGCCCGGCGGGAUGCAAGCGAAGGAGGAGCUGCUUCUGACGCAGUGUGGCCGGCUCUUCAGGGAGCCCGACUCUCCAGCGGUGCUCAGCACUGGAAGCGGCCGCCAUUGGCCGGAUGGUCGCGGGGUGUUCACGAACCAGGACCGGACCCUGACUGCGUGGAUCAACGAGGAAGAACAUCUGAAGCUCAUGGCAGAUCGCCAAGAUGGUCAGCUCCUUGAGAUGCUGGGGGAGAUGGUAACUCUGCUAUCCACGCUGGAGCGCCUGGCGGGUGGCUUUGCGAAGAGUGACCGUCUAGGCUAUCUGAACUCCUCGCCCGGGAAUGUCGGGACGGCCAUGACGGCUAGCAUGGUGGUCAAGCUGCCCUUGCUGAAGCUGAUGAAGAAGGAGCUCGGAGCUUGGUGCAAGUCCAAGGAUCUCUUGGCUCGCGGCGCCCUUGACGAGCAGGGGCUGCGAGUAGAAGGCCUUGUGGAGCUCUCGCACCGGCAGAAGCUCGGUGUGCGCGAGGAGGACAUGGUGAAGGAGCUCAUCCAGAGGGUGUCGGAGCUGAUUCGCGCCGAGAAGUGCAUGGAGCGUGGGAUGUCUGCAGAGGCUGCCUUCGAUGCUGUUGCCCCACGGGACCUUACGCCAGUAGGUGCAGAAGACGAGGACUAUCCCGGUGUCGACGUUUGGGCACAUGUGGGAGACCAGCUUGGCGAGAUGCUCCAGGGCUACGUGUCAGAUGCCAGCCUCGAUGAAGUGAAGGUUCGGGUUGGCAGAGCGCUUAUGGCCUCCUCCAUAUCGGGAUGCUUGGAAGCUGCAGCGCCAUUCCUGAAGGCCGCUCCGAUGGCGGCUGAAGUCAAAGGGACCCAGGACACUGCGAUUCCCUUCCAGCACCUUCCAUCGGUCGGAUGCAACCUUCUGCCACUACCACAACCGCUGCGCAACUUGGAGGAGGAGGAGCGAGCAAAGCAACAGGAAGAGGCGGCCGCGAGAAUCCAGCUUGCCUCCCAUGCGAUGCCUCCUGGUAUCGACACCACUCGAUUGAAGGAGGUACCCGCGGACGCUCCCUGGGUCUUUGUUUUCGAUGUGUGCCUGCAGCGGCCUAUCGACAGGGCGCCCGACCCGCCGAAGCCGAAACGGAAGAAAAGGAAACGGACACGGGAGCCAUCCCGAAAGGCUCCAAGCAAGCACGGCUCCUCAAACUCCGAAGUCGAGGAAGGCCUUGAGUAUGUGAUUCAGCAGGCAGAGAAGGGUCGGUCAGCCAUCGUUUCACUUUGGAAGCAAGGCAACACUGGUACGAAGAAGAAGGCUGUUCCGCGCACUGUCCCUGAAAACAUAGGGCUGAAGGUCUUCGAGCUGAAUUUUCGAAACUGGCUGGCGAACAACGCCCUGGCAGAGUUUUUGGAUCGUGAUGCAAGUCGAGAUCCUCCAGCAUCUCAGGGCAAUCCGGCCUUUCCGUUCCUCUACUACAGGUAUAAGCGUUCUUGCUCACUGGAGAAUGCGCAGAUACAGCCGGGCGAGGGGUGGAAGCAGGCAUAUCAUGGGACCUGGUUUUAUGCGCUGCGUAGCAUCUUGCAUUAUGGCGUGUUGCUGGAGUCUUGGGACAAGGAGAAAGGCCACAAAUUUACGCGUCCGGGACUCUACUUAGCAUCAUGCCUGGCCCCGUCGAUCUGGUAUGCGAGACCACAUGACCUGUUCAAGGAUGGGAUGUUCCAUCGGGUCAUCAUCGAAGUCCUCUACGAUGAGUCGAAAGUGCUAGCGAAGCUAGGGAAAGCUGGCAACACGCUUGUUCUCAAGAGUGAUGCUGUUGCGAUCACUGGGGUGAUCAUCCAGCCCAACUCUCCUCCUUACGGCGGCGAAGAACGUUGUGAGGAUUGGGACGACUCGCUCCAGAUUCUGCCGCCACCCCGCGUCUGCGCUCGCCGUCCGCGCCAGCGCCGCACCAGCAAGCAACUUUCUGAGGCCGAGCGGGAGGCACAAGAGAAAGCAGCGCAUGAGCAAGCCAAGCGUGACCGUGAGGCUCAGCGCAUCCGCAUGCAGCAAGAUCGCCAGGCUUGGCGCGAGCACAACGCUCAGAGGGAGCGCGAGGCUUGGCGGGAACGUGAUGAGCAGCGUGAGCGCGGAAGGCUGCAGCAAGAAAGCGGUGGCGGCGCUUUGUCCGCUUCCCGUGACUUUGCUCCUUUCAACGCCUUCGGACGCUCCCCGUCGCCUCGCCAGAGUCGCCGUCGGAGGAUGAGGUCAAGCCUCUCGGAGAGCCCGGCCAUCCAGCGCGGUCGUGCGCAGCGGGCCGAGGCCAAGGCGAAGGCCAAAGCCAAGGCCAAGGCCCAGGCGAAAGCUUUGCCGACAGAAGAGGAAAUGGAACAGCGCAAGGCGCUUCUGCGAACAGCGCUGGGGGGUGCGCUGGAGGAUGGUACAUUGGAGCGCGUGCUGUCGGAGGCGACUUACGGCACCGAUGCAGAUCAAAGCUCUCAGGACAAGGAGGCUGCCUUUGAGAAUCUUCGUCAGAGGCUAGCGAACGACCUGAUGCUUGCAGCGGAAGAUGGCCGGCUUGAGCAGAUCCUCACUCGCCCAGAGGCCGACAAGACGGAGAUGAUUCGCAAGAAGAUGGCAGAAAGCAUGCUUGCUGCGGCUGAAGACGGCCGGCUGGAGCAUGCUCUUGCUGAGGAGCAGAGGAAGCAAGAUCUGGAGCGGGUGCGGAAGGCCACGGCCGCGAGCAUUCUUGCAGCUGCAGAAGACGGCCGGCUGGAGCGCACGUUAAGCAAUUCUGAGCAGAGGAAGCAAAAUCUGGAGCGCUUGCGGAAGGCCACUGCCGAGAGCAUUCUUGCAGCUGCAGAAGACGGGCGACUGGAGCGCACAUUAAGCAAUUCUGAGCAGAAGAAGCAAGAUCUGGAGCGCGUGCGGAAGGCCACUGCCGAGAGCAUUCUUGCAGCCGCGGAGGACGGACGACUGGAGCGUACAUUGAGUUCCGAGCAGAGAAAGCAAGACCUCGAGAGGGUGCGAAAGGCCGCGGCCGAGAGCAUUCUUGCAGCUGCAGAGGAUGGGCGACUGGAGCGCACAUUGAGUGGCGAGCAGAGAAAGCAGGACCUGGAGCGGGUUCGGAAGGCAACGGCCGAGAGUAUCCUUGCAGCUGCAGAGGACGGGCGGCUCGGAAAAGCUCUGACAGUAGAGAGAAAGAAGCAAGACAUCGAGGUGGUGCGGCAGAAGGCAGGAGCAACUUUGUUGGCUGCUGCCGAAAGCGGAAGACUCGAAGUUGUGCUGGCCCAAAGGGGCGAGGAAGUGGAGCUGGGGCGAGUUCGCAAGAAGAUCGCUGAUGGCUUGCUCCUUGCAGCCGAUGACGGAACUCUUGAAGAAGCACUGGCCCGAACCAUGCAAAAGUCAAGCGACCAACAUAUGGAGGAUAUCCGCAGCCGCAUGGCCACGAGCUUGCUGGAAGCGGUGGAGAAUGGCAGCUUGGAGCUUGCCUUCCAGGAGUCCGGAGUCGGCAAAGCACCUCUGCAGGACACGGCAUCUACAGCCACAGGCCUGCCUUCCGACAUGCAGCACACAGGCAUCGUGGCUUUGGCAAAUCAGACGGCCAAGAGUCACUUGGCCGGGGCACGGGAGGAAGUGCCUCAUGGUGCCGCUGCGGUUCAGCGGGCCUUGAUGCAGUACGAAAGAAGGAUAGGAACCCUCACAGCAGCCGUGCAGCAGGCCGUAGCACGGCGCGUGCUUCGACAGUCUACCCAUUGA